AUGUAUAAGCAAAUAACAAGAAAAAUGGCUCCCGUUACUCUUAGAACCCCUAGAUCUAAUGCUAGAAAUAGCCUUACCCAGGUUGCAGUUGGUUGUGUUGAGCAACAUCUUAUUUGCAUGACAGAGAUGUCAACUCGCCUUGAUAACAUGGGUGCCAUACUUGAAUCCCUGGACAAUAGAUUUGGUCAAUUCGUUGACAUCCAAAGAAGAAACAUCAAGACAGUUGGUGCAAUUGCUAUGUCUUUGACAUCCACAAGUAGACAAGUUCUCCCAGCAGUUGCCCCAUCUGCUGCCCCAUGUGGUAUUUCAGAGUGUAUUUACUGCUUAACUAGUGUCGGUGUUACAAUUAUGACAUCAAGUCCUAAAUCAGCUUUAGGACUUCCUACUAAAUUAGCUCCAUAUCGAUCUGACACAGUUUACCUGGCACUACUAUGCUAUCCCAAUAUGAAUAUGUUCUUAUAUGUGAUAAAUCCAACAUCCGAGUGUCUGGAUCACCACACCCCAUCUUUCAACCAAAUGUCUGAAGAAGAGACAAAAGUUACAGUUUUGGCCUUGAUCAGAGAGAAGAUCUGGAAAAAGGACUUCAGAUAUAAUGAUCCUACUGAGAUUGCCAAGAAUGAAACAAGACGAAGAUGA